AUGUCAUUCCUUCCUCGAACAGCGUCCGGAGUCCACGCAGGACAGACAGACAGCUGGAGAUUCUGCCUGUUUUGCACGUCGCUUGUGGCGGGGUUGAGGUUGGCUGCUGAGGCAGCUAGUCGAGCUGAAGUCGCACGAUCGGAAGUGCAAAUGUACGUUGCGGUCGCGAACGCAAAGCGAGAAUGCGGAGGUGGAGGUGGUGCAAGUGUUUGA